AUGGAGUCACCACAUCCAGACGAGAGACCCGUCAAGAAGCGCCGAUUCUUUAUAGAAGACUCUUCCCCUACUCAGCCGCCGUCGAAACCCAUCGAACCUCCCCCAUCGUCGCCGCCACUACACGCCGCAGAACCACCAGACGAAAGCAAUGGCAAUGACGAAGAGACCGAUUUUGGGAGUUUCGAUGUCGGAAUGCUCCAGGCCGUUGUUGGAGAGCUCUCUACCACGGUAUUGCAGAAGCUGAGAGACGUCAGUGGAAGCAAUGUAGAACGAGCAAUCAACCUCUACUUGGACGGCUCAUGGAGCAAGAUGCCCUCACCGUCCCCCGCACCCGUCUUCAAAUCCGGUCGGCAGCCCAUUCAGAUGACGAUAGCGAAAACCCUCAAUCGAACCGAAUCUGAAAUAUCGAAUGCUUCCACACCAGGCUCAGGCACCUCCACACCCACGAUACUGCGAGAGAUGCCCAGUAAGCGCUACAUAGGCUCAUUUGGCGUCGUGGGCUUUGCUACCAAGAGCGGAUCUCAGCUGAAGCACGACGAAAAGAUACGCAUCGAGCGCACCAAGCCACAACCCAAACUCAACAAGGCAAAGAAGGUCAUCAAACUCUCGAAACCGGAUAUCGUAGUCAGGUUCAUGAAUGAGCGUGGUGCUGAAGUCGGCAGGUUGGACAACGACUCAGCUGCCUGGGUAUCUGUGCUACUCGAUCAGAAAGUCUGCUCUUUCGACGGCUCGGUUGUCUACACGCCCGACAAGAUACGCACAGGCGAUACUAUAUACCUACAGCUACGAGCCUUUUUCGUUCGCGCAGCGUUCGAUUCGCGUAGAUUUGCCAAACCGGACAACAAUCGAGAAAUCAAUCUCUUCGAAGAGAAGGAAUCGUCCGACGAGCGAGACCUUCGGUUACGGCAAGUUGCUCUCGUGAAGCUCUUCGAUAACAUCAACCUCCAACCGACCCGCGAAAAUGAAGAGACGGCGAAGCACAAGCGACAAGGUCUAUUACAGGCAGCAGAGAGCGAGGAGAAGAAAGGUGAUAAGCCGAAGCCGAAGAACGGAACAUCCUCCACGCCUGCAACGUCUACCAACCCCACAUCCUCCCCGCCACCCGACGAAGCCGAAGAAGGAGAAGAGCUGGAACAAGAUCAACUGGACUCACUGUACAAGAAGGCGCAGUCUUUUGACUUCGACACCCCAACCAUGGAGCCAGCAAGCACCUUCCGCAUGGACUUGCGCAAGUAUCAGAAGCAGGCGCUCUUUUGGAUGGUCAGCAAGGAAAGGAAUGAGUCGAUAGAGGACAAGGAGACCUCAAUGCAUCCCUUGUGGGAGGAAUACCAGUGGCCAACUCACGAUGCAGACAAUCAGCCAAUACCGACCAUCGAAGACCAGACCAUGUUCUACGUCAAUCCCUACUCUGGCGAGCUCUCGCUUGAGUUCCCGAAACAAGAGCAGAACUGCCUUGGCGGUAUACUCGCUGAUGAGAUGGGUCUGGGCAAGACUAUUGAGAUGCUCAGCUUGAUCCAUACGAAUAGGACAGAAGUUGACGAGGAUGUUUCGACGACGCGGAAGGCUCUCCCCCGAUUGCAAAAGUCUAGUGCCGACGUCGAGCCUGCGCCAUACACUACACUCGUUAUAGCACCCAUGUCAUUGCUGGCACAAUGGCACAGCGAAGCCGAAAAGGCGUCUAAAGAAGGUACACUGAAGGCCAUGCUCUAUUAUGGCUCAGAGAAGGCUGUAAACCUUCAGAAGCUAUGUUGCGCAUCAAACGGAGCUAAUGCGCCCAACGUUAUAAUCACGAGCUACGGCACAGUUCUAUCAGAGUACAACCAGGUGGUUGCCCAAGAAGGGAACCGUGGCUCGCAUGGUGGCAUCUUCUCGCUCGAAUACUUCCGCAUCAUCCUCGACGAAGCGCACUACAUCAAGAACCGACAGUCGAAAACGGCGAAAGCAUGUUACGAGCUCAGUGCAAAACAUCGAUGGGCGCUCACAGGAACACCCAUCGUGAACCGCUUGGAAGAUCUAUUCAGUCUGGUUCGUUUCCUCAAGGUCGAGCCAUGGGCGAACUUCUCUUUCUGGAAGACGUUCAUCACCGUACCGUUCGAAUCAGGCGACUUUGUACGUGCCUUGAAUGUGGUACAGACGGUGCUAGAGCCACUGGUGCUUCGUCGAACAAAGGACAUGAAGACGCCCGACGGUGAAGCUCUGGUACCACUACCCCCUCGCACAAUCGAAGUUGAGAAGAUUGUGCUGUCACAAGACGAGCGGGAUGUGUACGACCACAUCUUCCUGCGCGCAAAGAGUCUGGUCAAUGCUAAUGCAGAAGCCGGCACACUGAUGAAGUCGUAUACAACCAUCUUCGCGCAAAUUCUACGACUACGGCAAUCAUGCUGCCAUCCUGUACUGACACGCAAUCGCAACCUUGUCGCUGACGAAGAAGACGCCUCGUUAGCAUCGGAUCUCGCAAAUGGCUUGGCGGAUGAUAUGGACCUCUCCUCUCUAAUUGAACGCUUCACUGCCGAGGGCGACCAAGAUGUCAACAGGUUCGGCGCACAUGUCUUGAAACAGAUCCAAGACGAAUCUGCGGCCGAAUGUCCAAUCUGCUCCGAAGAACCUAUGAUUGAGCAAGCAGUCACCGGCUGUUGGCACUCAGCCUGCAAGGAGUGCUUGCUGAGUUACAUCGCUCACCAGCGCGAUAAGAACGAGAUACCACGCUGUUGGAACUGCCGCGAACCCAUCAACGCGCGCGAUGUUUUCGAAGUCAUCCGGCAUGACAACGCCCCCGAAGACGAGAACGACCACGCUUUCCGCGCCGCCGACGCACCGCCAACGUCCACACAAACACCACGUAUCAGCCUCCGUCGUAUCGGCGUCACCGGCUCCGCCAAAACUCAAGCCCUCCUAGGCCAUCUCAAAAAGACACGCAAAGAAGAAAAGGGCGCGAAAACAGUCGUCUUCUCCCAAUUCACAUCCUUCCUCGACCUCAUCGAACCCGCUCUAACCCGCGACCACAUCCCCUUCCUCCGCUUCGACGGCUCCAUCAGCCAGAAAGUACGCGCCCAGAUCCUUACCGAGUUCACCACAUCCCCGAAACCAUACGUCCUGCUCCUCAGUCUGAGAGCAGGCGGUGUAGGCCUGAACUUGACGUGUGCAAACAAAGUCUUCAUGAUGGAUCCGUGGUGGAGUUUUGCCGUCGAGGCCCAGGCUAUCGAUCGUGUGCACCGUAUGGGUCAGGAGAGGGAGGUCAAGGUUAUAAGAUUUUGUGUGGAGGGGAGCAUUGAGGAGAAGAUGCUUAGGAUACAGGAGAGGAAGAAGUUUAUUGCGAGUUCGCUGGGUAUGAUGAGUGAUGAGGAGAAGAGGGUACAGAGGAUUGAGGAUAUUAAAGAGUUGUUGAGUUAG